CAUACAUCACACCAUUACACACCUGUCAGCACAGGUGGUUACUACGGCAGCCACAAUUCCGAGAUCUGCAUUCUAGAACCCAUUCACUCUCCAAACCAACGUUCUCUCUGUCUGCCAGACAGCCAAGAACUUUUCAACAGCCCUUCUUACUUGGAUGAACUUUUCUGAUCAACAUUUAUUUUAUUUCCCCCCCCUCUUUUUUAAUUGUUGUUAUCUCUGGUAUUAAUCGGCAAGUUUAUCAAUCUUUAUUGAUUGAUUAUCUGUGAAAAGAGAUGGCUGACUUCCCGUCCAAGGUAACCACGGAGACGAGCUCGCCACAACCCAACCAGGGCUUUGCCAUUUCUGCCUUCUUGGACCUGGAAUUCAUCAAAACCAUCCCGGCAAUACUCAUGAUGGCUGAGAUAGUGCUGGGCCUGCUGGUGUGGGCAUUGAUCGCCAGUACCACAUACCAGUUUGUGCCAGCCUUUGGCUGGGUGAUGUUUGUCAGUGUGACCCUCUGGAUCCUCACCAUUGCCCUCUUUGGCAUGCUGCUCGGUGGCGUACACCACAAACUGACCUCUGUGCCCUGGCCGCUGGUGGUGAUGGUGUUUAACGGGGUGGCAGCGGUGCUGUACCUGACAGCAUUUCUGACUAACGCGGCUGUCAUCCAUCCCUAUCGCUUUGCCCCUUACUUUUACAACCACACAGCUGCUGCCGCUUUCUUCGGCAUUGUGGUGACUCUGACAUAUGGAGCGAGUGCCUUCUUCUCCUACCUGGCGUGGAAGGGCGAUGGAGGGAAUGCAGCCAGCAACACUGUGCCGGUGUAGGAGCAACCCUUCCCUACAGAGGCCGGACUCUCCUGACUCUCUGGACACACUAGACUCCACUGCACUGCAGUCUACACUGAAAGACUGGUACACAACAGAAACGUUGCCAGCCAUUGGGACUCUGUAAAAAUACAGAGAAAAA